GGAUCACGUACUAAUUUGGUCGCGAUUGUGGCGUGAGAAAACAUUUUGCUUUCUCGCCCACAUACCCAUGCCAUGCUGAUGCGGACCGGCCUUUAUUUUGUCCUUCGUCGUUCAUGUGCACGAAUAUUCCGUGGUAUCUCUACAGAGGCUCUUCACUACGCCGAGCGCGUCCUUCAUGUAGAAAAUCUUCCUGUGGGAUACAACGUUUCGACCAUACUCGACACCAUCAAGGCUGGUACGCAGAUUGAAAAGAUACGGCCCCAGAAAACACGGAUUUCUGUCUAUUUUUACGACCAGAACUGUGCUAGUCGAUGCUUAAAAGCAAACGGGGGUAGUCCCUUGUCAUUAAAAGUCGCUUACGCCGAGGGGAGAAUACCAAGCUCUGUUGUCGCCUCCCUCGGGCGCUACCAUGCUUCUCGUAUUCUCACAAUAGACCAUGUCCCACGGGAGUUCGAUGUGCAGGAUCUGAAGAAACCCGUUCGUGACAGAAUGGAAUCCUUCGAUUACGACGAAGCCAAAGCUCAGCUCGAGAUCAGUUUCCUGGAUACGUCUACGGCAUUCAAUAUCCGAAAUGUCCUUCAUGAAAACUGGAAGUUCGAAAAAUCUCUAUUCGAUUACAUUCACGACGACAAACACAGUUUCUUCCCAGACUGGUAUAGGACAGAAGAAAACGAUGCUGUGGGACCGUUGAAGCGAAGUGUCGAGCUUCGGUGCAUAACAUCCCCUACGACUGCAGAGACCUGCCAGGCGUGGACGAACCGGUUUGACGAACUCUCGCCCACUUUAGUCUCGGCAUCGCUCGUGCCGAAAAGAGAGAUCAUGUAUCUUGCCUUCGCUACGGAAGCGGGGGCAGACCAGUUUGUGAAGAUGUUCCAGAUUAAAUCUGCGAAGACGGGAGUCGAGAUGGAACUGCUUGCGAGGGAUCAUACCAUACAUCCUAGUCUGAUCACCGCCCUCAGCUUAGGUGCCAGCCGUUCGCUUGUCUUUACGUUGAACCAGGAGCAGUAUCAAAUCUUGCAGAAGAAGGAUUGUCGGAGACUCUUCUCGAAAAUGGGUCGGACUUCGCGGGUUUCUGUCCAGUUCCCUCCGGAAGCCUUGAAGGGAGAGUUGAUUGUCCAGUUCGACCACAUAUUUUCAGCAAUGGGUGCCAUACAUCGAUUGAUGGUCCCAGGUGUGCUACCGGAUUUGAAAGGCAGCCACGUCAACUUCAGAGGGGCCCAUCAGUUGAAAUAUCUUGUAGUCCAAUGAGCAAAUAAAUGGACUAUUUUAACCGUCUGCUUCCUCUCAUUCUGUCUAUCUAGAGAUAUCAUCUCGUCAGUCCAAAUCAGACGAAGCCCAUCGCCCAAAUCUGAGAGCUAUUGAAAUUUGCUCUUCUUCCGUGUUGAUACGCAAAAGGGUUACAGCUACAGCUACAGCUACAUGACAACCGCUCACACCGUCUCGCAGAGUGAAG